AUGAACCCGCUACUUCGCCCAGACAAUUUAUUCCACCCAUUCUCGAGCUCUCCAUCUCCCGAUAUCCGACGCCGAGCGGCAUUUAUGAAGCAGCAUGCAUACUGUCCUCACUCAAGCCACAACGCAACUAGAAUGGCGGAGAAUCCUGGUGACCCGGAAGCCUCAAAGCCGCGAUCGGGUGGAGCUCUUCCAGCUCACGUCCGAUACGAGUGUCCAGAUUGUGGCAUCCCCAUUGCCUGUUGUGAAGAGCACUUUAUUGAUGAAUAUGAAAAACAUUUGGACAUCUGCGAUACACUGAGGGAGAUCAACGAGGAUGAUCAUGACUUACGAUCGGAGAGGUACUUCCCUGAGUUCGAGUACCCCGGUCCGACGAUGGAAGAACAGUUAGUCAAUCUGACUAGUUGGGACACGAUGCUUUACACUAGGGAUUUCAAGGCUAUCGAUGACAUGCGAUCAAUGCGACAGACCACCAAAUUAUUAACAUACCCAGUCACAAUUGGUAGUGUCCUGCAUGAAUUCAGUCCCUAUAACAUAAGGAAAGGAGGUAGACUGACUCCAGAAGGGCUGAAGAGCUUUAGCGCGUUGCGUUAUACUCUUCAUCCGCCCCGGGACGGCAGCGGUCCGGGUAUCAAAGGUAUCCGACCAAAACCUCCACCCGUCCGCAUAUUCGUUCUGGGUGCAAGAGCAGAGUCGUCACUCCCUCGCGAUACCUGGGUGCAACUUGCAUACCUAUUUCCGCGCGUCACCUUUCACAUCAUCUUCAUUGGCCCGGAGGCAAUGGCCAACCGCGAUGCCGAAUAUCCCUUACCGGAUCGUACACCCCACAAUCCAUUUGGCGCUAUAAUCGAGGAUCGUGUCUCUCAGGACAUGAAAUUCUCGACAUAUGUUGAUUACUACCACACAUUACACGAAGCCAACCACUUCUAUCCAUACGAUCCAUACUUUGAUUGUUUUAUGCUGUUCCAUCCAGGCAUAGGGCAUCCAGCUAGCUCGCAUGAAUGGGAAGACACAAUACCUCAGCUCUUAGCUACCAAGGUUCCUAUAAUCGUCACUGGCUACACUGCGUGGGACAUGGAGCGAGAUCUGACAUGGAUUAAAUCGAAAUGUGGGAAUGAGAUGGACAUCCUUCUCGAACCUGGUGAGAACCGGUUCAGGAGUCUGAGGUGGGAUAUCAACGAUUUGGAUCCGCAAGAUAUUAGUUGUGGGAAUUGGGGCGUGUGGGCAUUCCGGGGCAAAAGAUAUGAGACCACUAUGAAGGAUUGA